CAACACAAUGUUCUCCAAACUGGUAGCUCUCUGCGCUGUAGUGGCGGUGUCCUCGGCCGGACUCCUGCCUGCCCCUGUACACUACUCUUCAGCGGCCGCCGUCUCUUCUCAGAGCAUCGUCCGACACGACGAGAACGCGACUCCCGUUGCCAAAUUGGCCGUCGCUGCCCCCGUCGCUUACCACGCUGCCCCUGCUGCAGUCGCCUACCACGCUGCCCCCGCCGCUGUCACUUACCACGCUGCCCCCGCCGCCGUCACUUACCACGCUGCCUCUGCUCCCGUCGCCUACCACGCUGCUCCCGCAUCCAUCGCCUAUCACGCCGCUCCCGUCGCUAAAGUUGUUGCCCAGCCUGAGGAAAUCGCUUACCCCAAAUACGAGUACAAUUACUCCGUUGCUGACGGACACACCGGUGACAACAAACAACAACAAGAGGUCCGUGAUGGUGAUGUCGUGAAGGGCUCAUACUCCUUCCACGAAGCUGAUGGCUCUAUCAGAACCGUGGAGUACUCCGCUGACGACCACAACGGUUUCAACGCCGUAGUACACAACAGCGCCCCCACCGCUGCUCCCGCCUACAUCAAGGCCGCACCAGUCGUCGUCAAGACCCCCGUUUACGCCGCCCCCGUACACCAAUACUACCAUUAA